AUUGAUUUAUCAGAUUUGUACACAAUUUGCUCUGAUCACAAUGGCGACAACAAAUACUGUAUCGCUUUCAAAAGACGUGACAUCUGUCCAGAUGGAAGAGUACUUGACAAGACUAAGUUGGGAAAAGACGGUGGAACUUUCGCCUUCUGUCGCCUUCCUAACUGUGCUGAUCAUUCUGGGAGUUCCUGGUAACACUUUGAUCUUCUUCAUCUACUGGAGAUACUUCAAGGCCAGUUCCACAAGAGUGUUUGUCUUGUCUAUGGCCGUCGUCGACUUGCUCACGAGUGCUCUGUCUUGUUCCAGUUUAAUUAUUGAAGUCUGCUUUCUUUACACUUUUAUACACCCUACUGCCUGCCAAGCUUUGUUUAUUAUUGAACGACUACCAGUGGUGACAUCCGGCUGGCUUCUAGUAUUCGUGGCUCUGGAUCGACGUCAUCGCAUCUGUCAACCGUUGAGGAGACACCUGAGCCCUCGCCAAGCCUUGUACCUGGUGCUAGUGUCAGUGGCUCUGGCCUCCGCAGCCACCUUCCCUUUCGUUCCUCUCCACAGUAUUGUAAUGGUGAAGACCGGCAAGGACCAUGUUUUUGGUAAGAGAUGUGAGAUAACUGUCGAAUUUUCCAGUCCACAGCUUAGAACCGCCGAGUCGUUGACAUUGAUGGCGAAUCUAAUAUUUGGUUUCUUGUUGAUGGUUUCAUCUUACGUGCACAUUGGCUACAAGCUCCACAGGCAAAAGAGUAGAAACCACAUGGCACCACACACUGAACGACAAGAUCAGAAGAGAGAACACACGGGAAUACAGGAAGCACAAGUACCCAUCCAGAUCGUCGAGAACGACAUUUCUACAGUGAUGUCGACUACGACAGGUUUGACUGUGGAAGAAUCAGGUACGUCAGAAGCUGUGGAAAGCACUGGUCCGUCAACACAAGACAGUUGCACAGCUACAGUCAGUGUAGGAAGUCGUGACGGGAAGACAACAAAGGUGUCAACACGUGGUCACGUGGGCAAAAAGAUUCCGUCGAGAACAACGCUGAUGAUGUUCGUCCUGACGGUCACAGUCAUCGUCACCUACGUACCUUACGUCGUUAUAUCAAGCCUCGCUGAUGCCGAAUGGGGCUACUGUCUGGAGAUGAAAGGAUGGGAGAUGAACUCGUGUAUGAUCGCCCUACUCUUUGCAAAUGUCAACAGCAUCGUCAACCCCUUCAUCUACAGUUUCUGCAAUCCAACCUUUCGUGUCAAGUGUCGUCAAUGUUUUGCUUUCGUUCGACAGCGGUUUCCAGUUUGAUGGACUUCCCUUGUAUAAAAACUCUAACAGCAGCUGUUAGAUACAAACGUCUUUUGUAAAAGAAAAGAUAAUAUUAAAUUUGAAAUCUUAAUCAUGAACCGUAUCCCAGAAGAGUAAAUAUUACGUUGAAGAUUACUAAUGAAAAAUGAAUAGUAACAAAGAACAUGUAUUUUUGUGAUGAUUAUAUAUAAAUAUACUAUUGAUUAUUGAUUAUCUUACAAUUAACGGUUGAUAGACUGCUAGUUUUGAGAAUGGAAAAGCAUCAUCAAUAGAAGUGAUAUCUGUACAGAUUUCUUCACCACCUCAAAGUCUUUACACUGCAUAACGAGGCUCUUAAAUUUUGAGUGAAUGGGCAGUUGGAAAUUUAUUAGCAUGAUUCCGCAUUGAAGUCACUUUCUUUCACAUGCGGUAGGAUAUUUCCCCAUAAUGGUAAAUAAUAUAACUUUAGCCUGGGUACCUGAACAAGGAUGUUAGUAACUUUUAUUGUAAAUUAUGUUGCUCGCGCCCGACUGGCUUCGAAGCUGAUAACGUAGCCCCCUACUUCCGGUAUAAAUAGAGUCUGUACCCAUGAUACGUGAAGGCUGUUGCAGGAUGGCAGCUCUGUCACCUGAGUAUACUUGGUCCUGUGUGUACGAGAGAGAGAUGGUUGUCGUAAAGACCUCUACUUCUGCUGGACGGCAGUUCUCGCAAUGCUUCACAGGCUCAAUGCCAAUGACUUUCCCCUCUUAAAACUGAGAUUGUUAAUGUACUACAAUGGAUCCCUAGUUGUAUGGUCGCUGAAAAAGCAUUUGGUGCUUGUGUUGAAUUUUUAUAUUAAUAUAGAAGAUUGUGUUCUAGACGAGCUGGGUGAAAUAAAA